AUGCUCGUCCUACCCGUCUACUGGGGCUUCUGGCAACUCGGCCGUAAAGUCACCUUGGGUCCACUCGAAAUCUCACAAGCCUUUGGUGCGCCAAUCAUCGCGCCUGACAAGAUGAAAGCGUAUCACGGUGACCUCGAUCAGGUGUUUGAGGACGUUGGGGAUAGGAGAGUGCAGUAUGGGCAGCUCAAAGAUGCGCCGCCGGGGCAAAUGGGACUUGCGGAGCCGGAGAGGGUGGUGGUGCCGAAGGCUAGUCAUCGGUGGCGGGUUAGUGGGCAAAGGGAGAAUAGGAGGAUUGGACUUGGUGCAGUCUUUGGAGGUGCAGUUGCUGCUACUAUGUCGGGGAAUCCGAGGGAUUGA